AUGGAAAGGGUAUUUCAGUCACUUACCUCAAACCUAAGUCAGUCGGGUCGGCACACGGGUUGGUUCAGCAACGACGUCGUUAAAAGAAUAGAGUAUCUUAUCUUCCAAGGUUGUCGUUUUAACCUCCCCGCCAUCGGCAGUCGGUCUAAUGCUCAUUCAUCUUCUUCAAUAAGCUUCGGAGUGGAGCAGCUCAGCGAUACUAUGAGGCAUGGACUGUCGAUAAGUGAAUACAAUAAUGUCCACAAAUUUAACAAGGGGCCAAGCAUUUCCCUUGGCUUUGAGGAUUUGUUCAAGACCCAGAUGCUCUAA